AUGUCUCCUAUAGAGCACUUGUGGGACGUUCUCAGGCAGAGAGUGUACACCAAGGACCCAGCACCCGCCAACGUGGCCCAGCUUGCGGUAGCCCUUCUGAAUGAAUGGCGAGCAAUACCCAGGGCAACCAUAUGUUACUAUGCAAGUAAGUAUGAUUUAUAUCUGAUCUGUGUCAUCAACCCCAACAAUGACAUAGGUUACUAUGCAAUAAAAUGUCCUCCACCUCUGAGGAACAGAGAUUUUGUUACACAACGAUCGUGGCUGGAAACGGGGUCAGAAUAUUACAUAAUCAACCACUCAGUCAAUCACGAGAACUGUCCACCCAGAAAGGGUUUCAUCCGAGGAAUUUCUUUCUUCACUGGUUACUACAUCGUAAGACUGGCAAACAACUCCUGUCAGAUGACAUACGUGUCACAGUCAGAUCCAAAAGGAAAGUUACCAUCAUGGGCAAUGAACAAACUAACACAUAUCAUGGCUCCAAAGGUAAUUAGCAGAGUAUACAAAGCGUGCAAAAAGUACCACAGCUGGAAGAGCAAACACAAUCCUCAUUUUAAGCCCUGGCUGAAUGCCGAACAAAUGAUGUCCAACCUUCCACGAUUCAACCCUGAAAACAUCAAGGCCAUGAAACUGUCAUUAUCGAGCGAGUCUUUACUAGAAGACGGGGAACUAAACGAGGAAGAUGUAAAUGACGACGAUUUAUAGCAAAUUGUACUAUAAUGACUAUAUAUAAUGACUAUAUUAUAUUUAUCUGCUGUACAUGUGUGUAAAUAGCUGUGGUUGUUUUACUAGUCUAGUAUGGACAACAAAAGGGGUGUAACUCCGUUAUGGUGCAUUCAUUCAGCUUUUUUCUUUCUGUUUUUUCUUAUAUAUAUUAGAUUCUGGUCAUUAGGUUUGGUACCAUUGUAGAUUCAGCUACAUGUACAUUAUAUGUGAACUAGUGCAAGUUUUCUGUUUUAAACCAAACUGUUGUAUGUGUAUUAAAAUGUAUGAAUAAUAAAACCAAGCAGAAGCUUAGAAAGGAGUUUUCUUUAUUCAUGUAAUAUUACACAAAAAAACAUUUUAAAGUUUAUGAUUUCUUGGGGGUUUUCUAGCAAUAUUACACUUUAUUUACUAACCAGGGCCCAUAUUUUCGAAAUUAUCUUAUCGUAAAACCAUUGUAUGCUAGGACAUUACGGAAUUUGCUGUAUUGACAUAAUAGCCUACGAUGGUUUUACGAUUUUGUAAUGCUAAGAUAGCUUUGGAAAUCUCUAGCCAGGCCCCAUGUUUAUAAAACUUUAUAGUCUGCACUUUAAUUAAGUCUCGCCCAUACAAACUGCAGGAUGUUAAAAGAUUGGUGACUUUCCCCCUCUCCCCCCCCCCCCCAAGUCUUAAAUCUAGACUAAAUGGUUUUAAACAUGGGGCCCAGGUUUAAAUGUAUUUUCUUGUGUAAUGAUGUAAUCAAGCACUGAGUUAAUAAUUUUUGUUUUCAUGGUAGUUAUUUUGUGUUAUGGUCGAUCCAAAACCAUGUCAGAUUUAGUUAAAGAAUGUAUAAUAUUAGUUUGAUAUAUUUAUGGUAAAAAUAAUUAUUUAUCAUUUUCUCUGUAUUUUUAUUAAUUAUUUGUACUUGUGUUAAAAUUAUUAGUCUUGCAAAGUGUAUAUUUAUCAUGUCAUGCCGUCAUGUCGUGGUCAGAAAAAGUACAAUACUGAAGCUUCUGAAAUUUCCGGUGUUUUUUUUUUCUUUUUCUAAAGAUUUAUUGUCUAAAGCUGAUGCAGCUAAUAUUAGAGGGAGGGUUCUUGGAAAUGACAUUUUGAUGGUAUUUUUAUCAUGUAGUGUGCUUUAUCUGAAACCCUGAACAUUUUGAGAACAAUUGUUUCGUUCUAGUCAGUCAUGCAAGUGUAACUUUUCCGUAACCUAUUUUUAUUUGCAAUUUAAAUUUAAGACAUUAUUUACAUUGACAAAAUGGGUUACUCAAAAAUAAAAUGGGUUUCUGAAUUUUCAAUUUUCAGAGGCUUGUGAAUAUACAAGCAUAUUACAUGAACAGAAACCUAAUUUACGCUUGUCUUAAAUUCAGUGUGUAUUACAUGAACAGAAAGCUAAUUUACGCUGUACGCUUGACUUAAGUUUGAUAUUGAAACUCAUACAACUGGUGACAUUAAUUUGUUGGUUUCACUCAUUAGUCCAAGAUAACUAAAGAGUUUUUAAUUUACAGUGGGGUUAUAACACAUCUAAAAGGUUGUGAAUUGUAAUGAUUAUUUAUGUAAAACACUUAAAACAUUUAUUUCAUAGUAUUAAAAAGUAUAUGAGUAAGGCCCACUUUGCAUUGAUGCGAUUCCGCAUGCAAUUUAUCAUGCGCGUUUCUGUGCAGGGAAAUAUGCUUUUCUUUAUCUGUUUCACAAGGCAUUUACUAUAUAAAAUUUGAUAUUGUCGAAGUGUAUUUAUAAGCUCCUAGUAAAUACUUUGUGUUAUAUGGUGUUACCACAUUGAAAAAUUUGCAUGCACAAAAAUCGCUCUUCGAUUAACUUUUGUUUACCAGCAUGCUUGAAUGCCCACACCCGGAAUUGUGUAUAUGGAAUAAGUACUAUGUAUAUACACUGUAUUGACUUGUGCGGAAAUGCAUGCAAAAUUGUGUUAAUGGAAAGCGAGCCUUACACACAGAAACAUUUGUGUGGAAAUGGUGCUUAGAUAGCCAAUGUUAUAGCUGUGUGUUUUUGUUGAGGUGGUGUCUGAACUUUCUGAAAUAUAGGGCACUAAUAUGUAUGCAGAUUAGCAGUUAAAGUUCAGAUCCACUGUGUAUUGGUGAUAUAGUACAAAUAAGAGAAACGGUAAUACUAAUUAAUAUUGUUUAUCUUUGUUUUCUUAACUAUGCAAAAUUGGAAAGGCUUUCUCACACAAGUAGGUAGCAUUUAAUUUAGUUGCUGUUCACAAAUGGGUUUGCUGAUUGGUUUGUUUUAUCAUCAUGGCAAAACAUUUUGUGCAGGGGAUGGAUUUGCAUUGAAAUAUAUCUGGGUAGAGGUUAAAAGUCAUCUUUAGACAUGGUUUAAAUUUUGUGAAAAGGAGUUUUCUAUCUUUUGGGUAAUUUGAGAGAAAUAGGACAAGUUUUGUAACAACCAAAUUUUUUAAAAUUUAUGUUUCUGUGUACUCUUUUGUCGCUGUUACUAUAACUUUGAAUGAUAAUUUGUUAAUUUUAAGUCUUUGUUAACUUUGAUUUAUAGAUUUUUCUGAAUUUUAUAAAAAAUAAAUUUUCUUGUGCUUAUAUAUUUGUCUAGGAAUUGAAAGUGAAAGAAUAGUGGAUAUGAAUAGAGCUGGGCAGUAUUGAAAUUUCAGGUUUGGUAUCGGUAUUGGUAUUUUUGGUGUGAUUUACCUCGGUAUUAGUAUGGUAUUCGAUAUUGACACACUACCGAUACCAAUAUUGAGCAGUGUUUUGGGGAUAUUCGGCUUUAACUGCAAGCCCGAGUUAGGGCUCAAAUGGGUUUUUUGUUGAUUCCGAGGAAGAAUGAUGUCUAUUCGCUCUUCUUUUCAGCCAUUUUGUGUUUAGUGUUUGUGCUUUACUAAAUGGUCAGGAAAUGCUUUUUUCAAUACCGAUAUUACGGUAUUUCGAGAUUACUCAGUAUGGUAAAUCAGUAUUGACAUUAUACCGAUACUGAUUAGUAUAUAUGGUAUACUGCCCAACUCUAGAUAUGAAAAACCAUUUUUACCUAGUUUUUUUCCCCUCAUGAUCUUUUAAAAAAUGAAAACCAUAUAUGGACACCUGGUCUCUUCUAUUGCUAGUAUUACAUUUUAAAGUUUUGAUCUACUGCAGUAAGAUGUAUAGUGUCAGUCUUAUGGUUAGACACUGGAGGUCAGACCAUAAGCCAGUACAAAUAUAAUAUAUUUUACAUUUUUGGUGAUAUUUAUUUAUAUUAUGUUCUUUAGUCAGUUGUGAUAGUUUUUGUUUUUCGCACUAGGCUGCGAGAUUUGUCUGUACUUUAUCUAUUUAUGACCAAAUGUGUUAUACAAUAUUUAUUUGGGACCAACAAUGAUCGAUUUUCUUUAUCCAUUUCACUGUUUUCAGCAUAAACUUGCCAGCCACGAAGCAAUAAUCUGUUCUCCCUAUGCACUAGUCGGUCUUGCCUGUUGAGUUUUCCUUUGUACAUACUGCCAGGUCCUCAAGAGUUGUAUAAAGUGUAUGAUAUUUUAAACAUUUAAAAUAUUUUAUUACAUGUAGCAUGUUUACCUCUGUUAAUAUUAUAAUGGGUGUUUUAAUUUUUCCAGUAUUAUACUGUAAACAUAAAAUCAAAGAUUUAGUUUUUUGAGGUACAAAAAUCAGGUAAUUAUUUUGUUAUAAAGGACAGAGUUGAAGUGAAUAGGAGGUGAAAAGAAAACAUACGCUAUCGACCAUUUAAUGUCAGCGGAAGAGCAGAAUAUAUCAAGAUUAUUCUACAGUUUUCAGAAUUUAAGUACGACAGAACAAUUUGUCAAAACUAUUGUCAGUGUCAUUGUUUAUAAGUACUAUUUCUUGGUAAAAACCUGUAAUUAAUGUUAAAAGACUGUACAAUGUACUACAAAGGUCAGCCUACUUGUAAUCAUCAAAGAAUAGUUUGGAAAGGUAUUUUAAAUUUAUAUUUUUAGACAUUUCCCAAAGCAGACAAUUUUAAACUGCUACAACUUGUAAGGAUACAUCGAAUAGUAAUGUAGUCAUUUUUAUUUCAACUUUGCUGCAUUUUUCUUCAAGAAAAAUGUAAAAUUACACAACGAAACUAUAGUUUGUGUUGGAGGCUAUAUACUUGGGUAAACCAAAAUUAUUAUGUUUGGUAUUUAAGCUUGGUUUUAAAUAUUUAAGUAGACUUGCAAAAUACAGUAUAUUUGUACUCAAAAACUAAAUUUCUAGUGGUCACAACACAUGUACAUGGAUGCAUAUUUCAAGGUUUUUUUGUGAUUUUUUAAGUGCUUUAAUAUUAUAAAAUUCCAAACUUUUGGGGAAAAGUGUAUUAAGCAAAUACUGCCAAAUAUUCAGAGAAUUUUACCUUUUAUCAAUUUGUAAAUAAUUUUUAAUUGAAAAUAACACUGAUUUCAGUUCUCAGAUGUUUCUCUGGUACAUUUUUCAGAUUGACAGGAACUGUUCACAGGUCUGGCCAUGGAUAUUUCAUAAUGUUUUUGUGAUAAAAUAAUUGCAUACCUAAAGAUAAUUCCCUUGGUGUACAAUUGAUGUUAUUAAAUUUUAAGUUGCAAAAAUACUUGAAAAUAAGCUUUGGAAAGCCAAUGGUUUAUUUUCGUCAAUAAUAUAUAAAUUGAGACAGGCAAUUAUGCCCAAGUUAUGUAAUAUAUAUGAUCAAGAAUUUAUUUUAUUAUUCUCCUUUCGAAUCAUGUCUUGUUUUCUUUCUUUGUAUUUUUAUUUUUAUUUUUAUUGCUGUUUCACAUACAUUAUGUUUUGUUUAUUAUUGAGUUUAGAUUUUUAUUUUAAAUAUAUAAAGGUUGACAUUGUGAUGUUUUAUGGUAAGUUGUAUUGAAGUAUCUGUGGAAAGAAUCGGACAUUAAGCUUUAAAUUUUUCUAGUCAUGUGUGCUGCGAGGGCAUUUACUAAUGAAAUAUUUUAAGUUUGUGAUGAUGAUUUUUGUGAUAUUUUUGUACAAGUUAAUACAUAGAACCAUUUUAGUAAGUUUAUGAAUUAUAUGGGAGGUUAAUUCAACAUUGUCACAGAUUUAAGGACCUUAUUUCUAAACAAAUUAAUUAUAAAUGAUUAAAUUGAUGCCUUUAAAUUAAAUUCCAAUACUAUUGAAUCUUAAUAUUUAGCCAAGGUAUCAUGAGAAAAACAAAGACUGUAGUAAAUCUGACAUAGUCAUGAUUUGAUGAUAAAAAAUUAUCAAAGCAAAUACAUUUUGGCUCACUUUCCACAACACGAUUCCAUGCGUGAUUUCUUGUGAUUAGUUUUGAAAGUGAAUUAUAUUUUGCACUUAAUACAAAAUACCUCAGUAUUUUGCAGAAAUAUUUUAAAAUGGCUUUGUAGGUCUAGUUUUAAAUGUGAUUAAAUUAUCAGUUACAAUUAACACAUUUUCUUUAAAAAUUAAGACAUUUUGAUAAAGAUAUUCAUUCCAUAUGGCAAUGUAUUUAGCUGUCAUUUAAAAAACCUACUGUAUAUAGUUUGUUAGUACACAACAGAAUAUAUUUUUUUCAUAUAUAAUCAUCGUUAAUGCUUUUUUCAUUCAUCACAAGUAGAAAUAAAGAAUUUUACAAAACCGG